CUGAUCCACUGACAUGUGUCUCAUUACUUACUGUUGGAAACUAUGUGAUUCUAAAGUAUCAUUAAACCAACAAACAAAACACUCCUCUGUCUUUCACUAGCAGUAGCAACAGUAAUUUCCUUUUUGUGUUUGAAGUAGCUAAAUCAGUCACAAAAAACACUACAGUUAGUUUGCAGUGGGGGAUUACUUGCAACCACAGUACGCGCAAUUCUGUCUCGUUCCUUGUUUGGUCAUGAACGCUUCCAGAGAUAAGAUGCAGAACUUCACGGUGAAAAAUUCUGGUGCUAAUACAGUGAUAAGUGUUUAGUUUAGAAUCCUGUGUGAUAAUGACCUAUAGGUAUCUACUGUAAUCAUAAACAUGUUCUAAAAUCAAAAUGAGUGCCAGUGCUCCCAUUCACCUAGUCCAAUACUUGGAGGUACUCUGAAUGAAUGUCCUGAUUUUAAGAAUGAAUUGAAAAAAACACUUUCAUAACAAAGCUUCAAAUAGUGCUGAAAGCAUCAUCCUGUUUGGUGUGAAAAAGGAUGCAGCUGGCAGGAAAUGUAUCAAAAGCUACAAGAAAACUUAGCUUUAACUGAGCUUGCCAGUAGUAAGUUGAAAAUGGUGAAAUGGAUAGGUUUGUUCUAGAAGGUAGGUUUUUUCUGGAUUUUCACAGAAAAAAAAGUUGCUUGCUUUUUUUUUUUGUGUAACAAGGAAAGUAGUUUUAUGUGUAUUAUGAUAAUACACAAUAUAAGCCCUUUCAUUUUCUAAGAAACUCCCUGAAGGAUUUUGUUAUAUCUCAAAUGUCCUAGCUGAGCAAAGCACUUACCUAUGUGUAAUCUCCUUUCUGUAUUGGGAAGUGAUUUAUUUAGUAAAUAAAGUAAGCAGACUAGGGUGUGCUUAUGUGCCUCUUUUAUGUGGAUUGGUACUACAGUAGGGAAAUGCUUAUUUUUAGUGGAGUUAGUAAAAUAGCAGUUUUCUACACUUUUCAAUACAAGAGUUACGCAAAAAAAGGUGUUCUGUAGAGGUAAGAACCUUACUUAAAAGUAAGCUAACUUAAGCUGAAGCUGACUUAUUUUUAGAUAAACAGGUCCUGAGAACACAGAUGUUUUUCAGUUUCCUGUUUUUUUUAAUUAAAAACUGAAGUUGCUCAACUUCCAUAUUUGUGUAACCCCACGUUUGAAUGACACUUAAGCUUUAGCUAGUUUGACAGACGUUCUUUUCACAAAGCAAGCGGUUAAACUGCUGUGCUAACGCUUCAGGAGUUGUUCUACCAGGAGGUGGGCAGCAGUUCUAUGGAGUGAGCUUCUCUUACUGUUCAGUGGUAUUUGGAGAGAAUGGGAGGUAGCACCUCAAAAGCACGUGCAGUUACACCAGCACCCAUUUCCACUACUCUCACUGUACCUACCACUGUAUAUACCUCUACAGUUGGCUUGGAAGCUUCAGAAGUCAAAUGCUGGAUUGAUAACCAUGAAAUACUCUGGAUGUUGCUAGCAUUUACCUCUGGCAUCCUCUUGGCUGUUCUGGUUUUUGCAAUCAUCUGCCUCUUCAGAAAAAAGUGUAAGAGAUCCCACCAAAAUUUACAAGAGCAAGUUCCCUCCCAGGCAGUGACUGAGGAAUCUGCUAAGAACAUCCAGAAUGAGGUUGCCUACACCACUCUGGCUUUCCAGCGAAGUCAGACACCAAUGGUUGCGUGAUGAUGAAUUUUCUAGUGAAAUGAAGACACUUGCACUUUCUGAAUAUCAAAAGCUACCAGAACGUUAUAUCAAGGCCUAUAGUGCUCUGAGAAUGCCAGCACUGCCGUAUGUAACAUCAGCUCAUUUUAUAAUUGUAAGGGGAAACUAAUGUCUCCUAUUCCAAACUGCUUGCCAACGCUUGUGGACAAAUUGCUUUUUAUACCCUAUUUCCUCAUCUGUAGAAAUCUCAGUGAGUCCUUACAAUGCACUUGUAAAGUUUCCAUUUGUGUUUGCUAUUGCUUUGAACUACCAAAGAGAAUUGGAAAAUGGAAAUGUUACUCUGCGUUUAUUCGUGUCUGUCUGUGCCCUUAUGUUUCCCUUUUCUGUCACUGACUAUAGCAUUUUUCUUGUUUUAUGAUUGCCAAGUGCUCUGAUUAGUUAUUUUCUGCUUAUUGAAGUUAUGAUACAAUAAUGAAAUGUUUGUAUGCAAAUGUCUGCUUCCUGAUUGGGUCACAUAAAAGAAGUACACAA